CCGAAGAUUUCACCUCUUAGGGUUUCUAAAGAGAGAGAGAGAGCGAGAGAGAAAUGGCGUCACGUGUUUCUUCGAAAGGGAAGGGGAAGGGGAAGUCUGCGAAGUUUCUGAAAGGAUCAGAGGAGAGAUCGACAGCAAAAUUCGUGAAGGAAUGGACUACAUGGACGAUGAAGAAGGCCAAAGUUGUUACCCACUAUGGUUUCAUCCCUCUUAUAAUCAUCAUUGGCAUGAACUCCGAACCGAAGCCUCAGCUUUCCCAGCUGUUAAGCCCUGUUUGAGGCGAAUUAAGCGAUGCCCACAUCGCAAACUUUGUCGAAAAAACAUGCGUUUAUGAUGUAUGCGUAUCUCUUUUGGCAAGAGCUAAUAUGAACGAAGUAGAUCUUCCUUCCUUA